CUGACUGAGAGCAGGGAGCAGCAGGCAUGGGGCACGCCGGGCGCCAGUUCCAAGCCCUGCUGUGGAAGAAUUGGCUCUGCAGACUCAGGAACCCGGUCCUUUUCCUUGCUGAAUUCUUCUGGCCUUGUAUCCUGUUUAUAAUUCUGACAGUACUUCGUUUUCAAGAACCUCCCAGAUACAGAGAUAUUUGUUAUUUGCAGCCCCGAGAUCUGCCCAGCCGUGGUGUUAUCCCCUUUGUUCAAAGCCUUCUUUGUAACACUGGAUCAAGGUGCAGGAACUUCAGCUAUGAAGGGUCGAUGGAGCAUCAUUUUCGUUUGUCUAGGUUCCAAACUACAGCUGACCCCAAGAAAGUCAACAACCUAGGCUUUUUAAAAGAGAUACAAGACCUGGCCGAGGAAAUUCAUAGAAUGAUGAACAAGGCAAAAAACUUAAAAAGACUUUGGGCAGAAAGAUCUAACACUCCAGAUUCUUCUUAUGGUUCCAGUUUUUUUACAAUGGAUCUCAAUAAGACCGAGGAGGUAAUAUUGAAACUGGAAAGCCUCCACCAGCAGCCUCUUAUCUGGGAUUUUCUACUGUUACUGCCAAGACUACACACAAGCCGUGAUCAUGUGGAAGACGGCAUGGAUGUUGCAGUGAACCUUCUCCAGACCGUUCUGAAUUCCUUAAUAUCCCUAGAAGAUUUAGAUUGGCUUCCACUCAACCAAACUUUUUCCCAGGUUUCUGAACUUGUAUUGAAUGUGACCAUUUCGACACUGACAUUUCUACAGCGACAUGGAGUAGCAAUCACUGAGCCAGUUUACCACCUGUCCAUGCAGAAUAUAAUGUGGGAUCCACAGAAAGUCCAGUAUGAUCUCAAAUCCCAGUUUGGCUUUGAUGAUCUUCAUACGCAACAGAUCCUGAACUAUUCAGCUGAACUAAAGGAGAUUCCCACAGACAACUCUUUGGAGAAGAUGGUGUGUUCAGCCUUGUCCAGCACAUCAGAGGAUGAAGCUGAGAAAUGGGGCUGCGUUGGAGACUGCCACCCCAAGUGGUCAGAAGCCAAAAACUAUCUUGUCCAUGCAGUCAGCUGGCUGAGAGUCUACCAAAAGGUGUUUGAUCAGUGGCAACAGGGUAGUCUGCGUCAGAAGACACUCACAGGCAUGGGCCAUAGUCUGGAGGCUCUCAGGAAUCAGUUUGAAAAAGAGAACAAGCCCUGGAAGGUGGUGGAAGCUCUGCACACUGUGCUGCUCCUGCUGAAUGAUAGCUUGGCAGCAGAUGGCCCAAAAGAUAAUCAUACAUUUCCAAAGAUAUUACAGCAUCUGUGGAAAUUGCAAAGCUUGCUGCAAAACCUGCCCCAGUGGCCGGCACUGAAGAGAUUUCUUCAGCUUGAUGGAGCUCUCAGAAAUGCGAUAGCUCAGAAUUUACAUUUUGUCCAAGAAGUCCUCAUUUGCCUGGAGACGUCAGCUAAUGAUUUUAAAUGGUUUGAACUUGACCAGUUGAAACUGGAAAAGGAUGUGUUCUUUUGGGAGCUAAAACAGAUGUUGGCGAAGAAUGCUGUCUGCCCGAAUGGUGAUUUCUCUGAGAAGGAGGUCUUUUUGCCCCCUGGAAACUCCAGCAUAUGGGAUGGUCUCCAGGGACUGGUGUGCUAUUGUAACUCCUCUGAGACCAGUGUUUUAAACAAGCUACUUGGUUCAGUAGAGGAUGCUGAUCGUAUUUUGCAAGAGGUCAUUACUUGGCGCACAAAUAUGUCAGUUUUAAUACCUGAAGAAUAUUUGGACUGGCAGGAACUUGAGACGCAGCUGUCAGAAGCAAGCAUUUCCUGUACUCGGCUCUUCCUGCUGCUGGGAGCCGAUACCUCUCCUGAGAAUGUCUUUUCUAGUGACUGUAAGCCCCAGCUUGUCUCCACAGUGAUAUUUCAUACACUUGAAAAAGCACAGUUUUCCCUGAAACAAGCAUAUUAUUGGAAAGACUUCAUAAAGUUUAUCAGGAAGACUUGCGAAGUGGCCCAUUAUGUAAAUAUGCAAGACAGUUUCCAGAACAGACUAUUGGCUUUUCCUGAGGAAUCUCCUUGUUUUGAAGAAAACAUGGAUUGGAAAAUCAUCAGUGAUAAUUAUUUUCAAUUUUUGAAUAAUCUACUCAAGUCUCCAACAGCUUCCAUAUCCAGGGCUUUAAAUUUCACAAAGCACCUUCUAAUGAUGGAAAAGAAGUUGCACACCCUUGAGGAUGAACAAAUGAACUUUCUUUUAACAUUUGUGGAAUUUUUUGAGAAAUUAUUGUUGCCUAAUCUUUUUGACUCCUCCAUCGUUCCCAAUUUCCAUCACCUCCCAUCUCUCACGGAGGAUAUUCUGAAUAUAAAUUCUCUGUGGACAAAUCAUUUGAAAAGUUUAAAGAGAGACCCAUCUGCCACUGGUGCUCAGAAACUCUUGGAAUUUGGCAAAGAAGUGAGCUGGAAAAUGCGAACUCUCGAAAGUCACUGGAUAAGGAAGGAACCAAAAAAUCUUUUGAGAUUCCUGGAAUUAAUACUUUUUGAAAUUAAUCCCAAAUUACUAGAAUUAGGGGUCUACAGCAUUUCAAAAGGAAAAAGAGCUAAACUGGAAAACUUCUUUUCACUUUUAAAUUUUUCUGUUCCAGAAAAUGAGAUUCUGAGUACAAGUUUUAACUUUUCGCAGUUGUUCCAUUCGGAUUGGCCGGAAUCACCAGCUAUGAACAUAGAUUUUGUACGUCUAAGUGAGACUAUAAUAAAGAGUCUCCAUGAAUUUGGAUUUUUGGAGGAGGGAGAGGUCUCAGAAGUUCUGAACACGGUCUACGCUAUCAGGAAUGCAUCUGAUUUUUUCUCAGCCCUUUCUGAACCUCAAAAACAAGAAGUUGGUAAAAUUUUGACUCAAAAAUACCUAAAUGUCUUUCAGGACAAGGAUUCAGCUUUACUUCUGCAAAUUUAUUCUUCAUUUUACCAAUACAUUUAUGAAUUUUUGAAUAUUCAGAGUAGAGGUUCUUCGCUGACUUACCUUACACAAAUCUCAAAACACAUUUUGGAUAUCAUAAAACAAUUUAAUUUCCAAAGCAUCAGUAAAGCAUUUGCAUUUUUAUUUAAGGCAGCAGAGGUUCUUGGGGGAAUUUCUAAUGUAUCUUAUUGUCAGCAAUUGCUUUCAAUUUUUAACUUUUUGGAGCUUCAAGCCCAAUCCUUCAUGUCCACAGAAGGCCAAGAACUGGAAGUGAUCCACACUACUUUGACAGGCCUCAAACAGCUGCUCAUAAUUGAUGAAGAUUUUCGUCUUUCUUUAUUUCAAUACAUAAGCCAAUUCUUCAACAGUUCAGUAGAAGGCCUAUUUGAUAAUGAGUGCUCGAUUUCGGACAGUAAACACAUUCCUUCCAUAAAUUAUUCAACAAGUGAGGAGACUUCAUUUGUUUUUCCAUUGGCACAAAUUUUUUCAAACCUCUCAGCAAAUGUCAGUGUGUUCAACAAGUUUAUGUCCAUUCACUGUACUGUUUCAUGGCUUCAAAUGUGGACUGAAAUCUGGGAAAGCAUAUCUCAAUUAUUUAAGUUUGACCUGAAUGUUUUCACAUCUCUUCAUCAUGGUUUCACUCAGCUUUUGGAUGAACUGGAAAAUCAUGUGAAAGUCUCCAAAAGCUGCCAGGGAAUAUUUCCCACACAUAAUGUUGCUAGACUCAUAUUAAAUUUGUUUAAAAAUGUAACUCAAGCCGAUGACUUCCAUGAUUGGGAGGACUUCCUGGAUCUCAGGGAAUUUUUGGUAGCUUUAGGUAAUGCGUUAGUUUCAGUAAAAAAACUUAACUUGGAGCCAGUGGAGAAAUCCCUUUUCACCAUGGAAACUUCCCUGCAUCAGUUGAAGAGAUUUCCAUUCAACACAAGUACAAGCAGAGAGUUUUUAAAUUCUCUGCUCAAAGUUUUCAUUGAGUUUAGCAGUACCUCAGAAAAUAUAGACAGAAAUGUAGAUUCGAUAAAUGACUUUCUUUCAAAUAAUCUCACAAAUUAUGGAGAGAAAUUUGAAAAUAUCAUCACUGAGCUAAGAGAAGCAAUAGUAUUUCUUAGAAAUGUAUCACAUGAUCGAGAUUUGUUUUCCUGUGCUGAUAUUUUCCAAAAUGUUACUGAGUUUAUUUUAGAAGAUGGCUUUUUAUAUGUAAAUACCUCACAGAGGAUGUUACGUAUUCUAGACAUGAUAAAUUCCACAUUUUCCUCUGAGAGCACAAUUAGCAGGCUGAAAGGAUGUGUUGUGUGGUUAGAUGUCAUAAACCAUUUGUAUUUGGUGUCUAACUCCAGUUUUUCACAAGGCCAUCUUCAAAAUAUUUUGGGGAAUUUCAGACAUAUAGAAAAGAAAGUGAACUCUAUAUUGAAAAUUAUAACUUGGGUGUUAAAUGUAAAAAAACCUCUUUGUUCAUCAAAUGGCUUGCAUAUAAAUUGUGUAAAUAUUUACUUGAAAGACGUAACUGACUUUCUAAAUAUUGUACUUACUACAGUCUUUGAAAAAGAGAAGAUACCUAAAUUUGAGAUUUUAUUAGCUCUUUUAAAUGAUUCCACAAAGCAAGUAAGGAUGAGCAUCAACAAUUUAACAACAGACUUUGAUUUUGCAUCUCAAUCCAAUUGGAAAUAUUUUACUGAAUUAAUUCUAAGACCAAUAGAAAUGUCAGAUGAAAUUCCUAAUCAGUUUCAAAAUAUUUGGCUUCAUUUAAUAACACUGGGGAAGGAAUUUCAGAAGCUUGUAAGAGGUAUUUACUCUAACAUCCUGGAAAAUAAUUCCUCUUCUAAAACUGGAAACUUGUUAAACAUAUUUGCCACCAGUCCAAAAGAAAAAGAUGUAAACAGUGUAGGCAAUUCCAUUUAUCAUUUAGCUAGUUACCUUGCCUUCAACUUAUCUCAUGACCUCCAAAAUUCACCAAAAAUAAUUUCACCUGAAAUAAUGAAAGCCACGGGUCUUGGGAUUCAACUGAUGAGGGAUGUGUUCACCUCCUUAAUGCCUGCAGUUCAUCACAUUAGUCCACAAAAUACAGGUUAUAUGCAAGUUUUGAAGAAGGUAACUUCUGUCAUGCGUACUCUUAAGAAGGCAGACAUAGACAUUUUGGUGGAACAACUUGAACAAAUUAGUGCAAGCCUAAUGGAUUUCUUUAGGAAUAUCAGUAGUGUGAGAACUGACAAGUUAGGGGUCAACUUGCUUGUUGACUUGAUGAAAAAAUUUGUAGACAGCUCGCAUUCUUGGAAUGUUAAUCACCUGCUGCAGCUCUCACGCCUGUUUCCUAAAGAUGCUGUGGAUGCUGUGGUAGAUGUGUACUAUGUGCUUCCUCAUGCUGUAAGGCUCCUACAGGGAGUACUUGGUAAAAACAUCACUGAAGGCCUCAAGGAUGUCUACAGCUUCAUACUCCUUCAUGGCAUAACCAUUUCAGAUAUCACCAAGGAAGACUUCACAAUUGUGAUAAAAAUUCUUUUGGAUAUAAUUGAAUUAAUAUCAGAUAAGCCAGAUAUUAUUUCAGAGACUUUAACUUGUUUUCCUGUGGUUUGGUGCUGGAAUCAUACAAAUUCUGGAUUUCAGCAGAAUUCAAAGGUAGACCCCUGCAGUGUCCAUGGGCUCAUGUCUUCUUCCUUGUAUGGCAAAGUGGCCAGUAUACUCGAUCAUCUCCACCUGUCUGCCCAAGGUGAAGAUUCACCAUGUUCAAAUGAAACCUCCCGAAUGGAAAUAAAUAGGAAAGUGGCCUGCAUAAUUCACGAAUUAGUGGACUGGAAUUCUAUUCUUCUGGAACUCGCUGACGUCUUCCAUGUUAACAUUUCUCUUGUGAAAACUGUGCAGAAAUUUUGGCAUAAGAUAUUACCAUUUGUCCCACCUUCAAUAAAUCAAACUAGGGAUAGCAUCUCUGGACUUUGUCCUAGUGGUCCCAUAAAGCAAGUUGCUUUGCAAAUCAUAGAAAAACUUAAAAAUGUCAACUUUACAAAAGUUACAUCAGGUGAAAAUACUCUUGACAAACUAGCUAGUUUAAACAAGAUCCUUAACGUUAAUGAAGACACAGAGACAUCUGUUCAAAAUAUUAUUUCCUCGAAUUUGGAAAGGACAAUACAAUUGAUUUCUGAAGACUGGAGCCUAGAAAAAAGUACUCAUAAUCUACUCUCUUCAUUUAUGAUGCUCCUGAAUGCAAAUCUCACAGGUAGCAGUUCAGAAGCAUUAUCAAAUUUUAUUGAAAAGAAUGAAACAACUUACAACUUUGAAGAACUAUGGCCUGAGUUUCAACAAAUCGUGAAAGAUCUAACUCAAGAUUUUAGAGUCAGACACCUGCUCUCUGAAAUGAACAAAGAUAUCAAAAGUAUAAAUUCAGUGGCUCUUCAAAACAUUACUUUACUAUUUGCCCGUUUCCUGAAGAUCCUGGAUUCACAGUCACUGAAGACAUUAGAAAUUAUUGAAGAUUUUCUAUUGGUCACAAAAAACUGGCUUCAGGAAUAUGCAGAUGAAGAUUACUCCAGAAUGAUAAAAACACUAUUCAUUCCUGUGAUCAAUGAGAGCUCAACUGAAGAUACAGCUUUGUUAACCAAAGCUAUUACUACUUUUUGGGGCUCUUUGAAAAACAUAUCUAGAGAAGGCAAUUUUGAUGUUGCCUUUCUUACUCAUCUGCUAAAUCAAGAACAGCUGACUAAUUUCUCAGGUGUUCAGUUGCUUUUUGAAAACAUCCUAAUUAAUUCAAUCAAUAACUUAGCUGGGAAUUCUCAAGAAGCAGCUUGGAACUUAAGUGGUACUGACCUUCAAAUAAUGAAUUUCAUUAACCUUAUCUUGAACCAUAUGCAGUCAGAAACUAGUAGGAAAACAGUUCUCCCUCCGAGAAGCAUAGUAGGUUUCAUGGAACAACUUUUGAAAACAUUCUUAUCCCUUUUGCUAAAGGAAGAUUCUGAGAACAAAAUAUCUCUUCUGCUGAAAGAUUUCCACAAAGAUGUUAUUGCAGAGAUGAGUUUUGUCCCAAAAGAUAAAAUUCUAGAAGUUCUGAAACUGGAUCAAUUUCUUGCUCUGAUGAAAGAAGACAGAUUGAGGAACAUUUUUUCAAGUUUAAAGGAGACUAUAUAUCACCUAAUAAAAAGUUCACUUAUAUUAGACAAUGGAGAAUUUUAUUUUGAUAGUCAUCAAGGACUGAAGUUCAUGCAAGAUUUACUUAAUGCUCUUCUCAGGGAAACGCCAGUGAAAAAUGGGACUGAAAAUACUACAGACUUUUUCACAGUGGUGAGUCAGUUGUUUUUCCAUGGGAAUACGUCUGGGGACCUCUUCAAACUCAAUCAGGAUCUUAGGGCAGCUCUUCACCUUGUAAGAGAAUGUUCAACAGAGAUGGCAAGGCUUCUGGAUACAAUUUUAAAUGCUCCUAAUAAGGAAUUCUAUGCUUCGUAUCCUACCCUCCAAGAAGUUAUACUUGCUAAUCUAACGGAUUUGCUUUUCUUUAUAAAUAAUUCAUUCCCUCUAAGAAACAGAGCAACAUUAGAAUUUACUAAGAGAUUACUUGGUCCUCUUUCAAGAGCUGGUGAAGAAAGUCGUGUCCCGGAACCCCUCUUAGAAAUGUCUGGGACUCUGGUCAUGCUGUUGAAUGACAGUGCUGACCUGAGAGAUCUUGCCACAUCAGUGGACUCCAUUGUGAAACUUCUUAAACUGGUCAAGAAAGUUUCAGGGAAGAUGGCCACAGUUUUUAAAACUCAUUUUGUCUCCAAUACCAAGGAUAGCGUGAAAUUCUUUGUCACUCUCUAUUCCAUCAUGCAACAAAGUGUUCAAAAUCUUGUGAAAGAAAUAGCUACUUUGAAAGAAAUAGAUCAUUUCACAUUUGAAAAGAUAAAUGAUUUGUUGGUGCCAUUUAUUGACUUGGCCUUUGAAAUGAUUGGGGUCGAACCUUAUAUAUCAUCAAACUCUGAUGUUUUCAGUAUGUCACCUAGCAUGCUGUCAUAUUUGAAUGAAUCUAGGGACUUUUCUGAUAUUUUGGAAGAAAUUGCUGAAUUUUUAACAUCUGUGAAAAUCAACUUGGAAGAUGUGAAGAGUCUUGUGGUAGCAUUUAAAAAUGAAACUCAAACAUUUUCUAUGGAUUCUGUCAACUUGUGGGAAGAAAUUCUGAGUUGCUUAGUUCCUAUAAAUAACAUCACCAACCAAAUGGACUUCUUAUACCCUAAUCCAAUUUCCACUCAUAGUGACCCUCAAGAUAUAAAAUGGGAAAUAAUUCAUGAAGAGAUCCCUUUUUUGGAUAAAAUAUUAUCACAAAACAGCACAGAAAUAGGGUCUGUCUUGAAAAUGGUGAUCGGUCUCACCUUAGAAGCUCUUUGGAAAAACUUAAAGAAGGAUAAUUGGAAUGUUUCUAAUCUGUUGAUGACAUUUACUCAGCAUCCAGAUAACCUUUUGGAAACCAUAGAAAGAGUUUUAGAGGCCUCCAGUGGAAUUAAAAGUGACUAUGAAAGUGAUUUGAGUAAAAGUUUAUAUUUUGACACACCUUUGAUUCGGAAUAUAACUCAUCAUCAACUUGAAAAAGCAAUCCAUGAUGUUUCAAGUAGAAUAGCUCUCUGGAGGAAAGGGCUUCUGUUUAACAACUCUGAAUGGACAACUUCCACAAGAACUUUGUUUCAGCCACUUUUUGAGAUUUUCAUUAAAGCAACCACUGGAAAGAAUGUCACAUCAGAAAAAGAAGAGAGAACCAAGAAAGAGAUAAUUGACUUUCCUUGUAGUUUCAAACCAUUUUCCUGUUUGGAGAAAUACCUGAGAGGAUUAUUUGUAUUGACUAAAUACUGGCAACAAAUCCCACUGACAGAUCAAAGUGUUGUUGAGAUGUGUGAAGUUUUCCAGCAGCCUGUGAAGCCCUCAGAAGCCAUGGAGAUCCUGCAGAAAGUGAAGAUGAUGGUCAUACGUGUGCUCACCAUCGUUGCAGAAAACCCUUCCUGGACCAAGGACAUUUUGUGUGCUACUCUGAGUUGCAAGCAAAGUGGGAUAAGGCAUCUCAUUUUAUCUGCUAUACAAGGGGUCACUUUGGCGCAAGACCAUUUCCAGGAAAUUGAAAAGAUAUGGUCCUUGCCCAAUCAGCUAAAUUGUGAAAGUCUUGGCAAGAAUCUUUCUAGCACCUUGGAAAGCUUCAAGAACAGCUUGGAAAAUGCCACUGACCAGGACUGCACAUGCCAGCCGAGGCUGGAGACGGUGCAGCAGCACUUGCACAUGUAUGCUACGAAUUUGAGACCAACCUGGUCAAUAAUCUCCUCAGCCUUUAUUAUACAAAUUUCUUAUUUUCCUUACUUUGCAGAUGUGAAAAUAAAAGAUUUGAUGAAGAAUAUCACCAAGUUGACUGAGGAGCUUCGCUCUUCCAUCCACAUCUCAAAUGAGACUAUCCAUAGCAUUCUAGAAGCAAAUAUUUCCCACUCCAAGGUUCUCUUCAGUGCCCUCACUGUAGCUCUGUCUGGAAAGUGUGAUCAUGAAAUCCUUCGUCUCCUGCUGACAUUUCCCAAAGGGGAAAAAUCUCGGAUCGCGACGCAGGAACUCUGUGGCCUGCCAGCGUCAAAAGUAUAUCCUCUGAUUGUGUUGCUGAGUCAAAACCUGGAUGUGCGAGCUUUCAUUUACAAGACUCUGAUGCCUUCUGAAGCAAAUGACUUGCUCAACUCCUUGUUGGAUGUAGUUUCCAGCCUCAGCUCCUUGCUUGCCAAAGCCCAGCACAUCUUUGAGCAUCUUCCUGGGUUUCUUCACACAUUUAAAAUCACUGCCUUGCUAGAAACACUGGACUUUCAACAGGUUUCACAAAAUGUCCAGGCCAGAAGUUCAGCCUUUGGUUCUUUCCAGUCUGUGAUGAAGUUGGUUUGCAAGGACCAAGCAUCAUUCCUUAGCAAUUCUAAUAUGUUCAUUGAUUUGCCCAGAGUUAACGAACUCUUGGAAGAUGACAAAGAAAAAUUCAACAUCCCUGAAGAUUCAACACCAUUUUGCUUGAAGCUUUAUCAGGACAUUCUACAACUGCCAAAUGGUGCUUUGGUGUGGACCUUCCUAAAACCCAUAUUGCAUGGAAAAAUACUGUAUACACCAAACACUCCAGAAAUUAACAAGGUCAUUCAAAAGGCUAAUUCCACCUUUUAUAUUGUGGACAAGCUAAAAGCUUUAUCAGAAACACUGCUGGAAAUGUCCAGCCUUUUCCAGAGAAGUGGAAGUGGCCAGAUGUUCAACCAGCUGCAGGAGGCCCUGAGAAACAAAUUUGUAAGAAACUUUGUAGAAACGCAGUUGCACAUUGAUGUAGACAAACUUACUGAAAAACUCCAGACAUACGGAGGGCUGCUGGAUGAGAUGUUUAACCACGCAGGCGCUGGACACUUCCGUUUCUUGGGCAGCAUCUUGGUCAAUCUCUCUUCCUGCGUGGCGCUGAACCGUUUCCAGGCUGUGCAUUCUGUCGACAUCCUGGAGACUAAAGCACAUGAACUCUUGCAGCAGAACAGCUUCUUGGCCAGUAUCAUUUUCAACAAUUCCUUACUCGGCAAGAGCUUCAGAUCAGAGUCUGUCAAACUGCCACCCCAUGUCUCCUAUACAAUCCGGACCAAUGUGUUAUACAGCAUGCGAACAGAUGUGGUAAAAAACCCUUCCUGGAAGUUCCACCCUCAGAAUCUACCAGCUGACGGAUUCAAAUAUAACUACAUCUUUGUCCCACUGCAAGACAUGAUCGAAAGAGCCAUCAUUUUGGUGCAGACUGGGCAGGAAGUCCUGGAACCAGCAGCACAGACUCAGGCGGCCCCUUACCCCUGCCAUACCAGCGAUCUUCAACGGUCGUUGUUCUCAGCAGAAAUUCCCAUUCCUGAUAACCCCCAGUGCUCAGAACUGCUGGAGCCUCCUCUGUUGCCCGCAGGCUCUGUGCUGUCCCACCAACGCAG